AUGGGUGAUGGAAAUCUAACACAACUUGAAAAUCAACAGCAUCUACAACGACAAAAACGUUUAUUGAGUUGGUUACUAUCUAAAAAUGUUCCACCUGUACCUGAAGAAGAUGAAAGAUUGGAAUAUCCUAUAAGGAAAACUAAUAUAGUGUCAAGAAUUUUCUUUUGGUGGUUAUCUCCAGUUAUGAAAGUUGGUUAUAAAAGAACUAUACAACCUGAAGAUUUAUUUUAUUUAACUGAUGAUAUAAAAGUUCAAACAAUGGCUAAUGAUUUUUAUAAAUAUAUGACAAAUGAUAUACAAAAGGCAAGAAAUAAGCAUAUAGCUGAAAAAUGUAAAAAAAGAGGUGAAAGUAUAGAGAACUCCUCAGUUGGUGAAAAAGAAGAUUUGUCAGAUUUUGAAUUGAGUAAAUUUAUAACUGUUUGGGCAUUAGCUAAAACUUUUAAAUGGCAAUAUUUAUGGGCAUGCGCUUGUUUAGCACUAAGUAACGUCGGUCAAACUUUAUUACCAUUACUUACUAAAAAGUUAAUCAAAUUUGUCGAAGAUAGAGCAUUGGGUCUAGUAGAAGACGUUGGUACUGGUAUUGGUUAUUCGUUUGGUUCUGCAAUUGUUAUUUUCGUCGUUGGUAUUUUAAUUAAUCAUUUCUUUUUCAGGUCUAUGUUAACUGGUGCACAAGCAAAAGCUGUUUUAACAAAAGCAUUGCUAGAUAAAUCUUUUAAAUUGGAUUCAGAGGCUAAACAUAAAUAUCCAGUUGGUAAAAUUACUUCAAUGUUGGGUACCGAUUUAUCAAGAAUUGAUUUUGCAUUAGGUUUUCAACCAUUUUUAUUUGUUUUCCCAGUACCUAUCGCUAUUGCUAUAGCUAUUUUAGUGGUCAAUAUAGGUGUUGCAUCAGUAGUUGGUGUUGCUAUUUUAAUUGUUUUCAUGGUUGGUAUUGCAUUUUCAACUGGUAAAUUAUUUGCUUACAGAAAAACUGCAAAUUUCUUUACUGAUUCUAGGGUGAAUUAUGUUAAAGAAGCAUUAAAUAAUUUGAAAAUUAUCAAAUUUUAUUCUUGGGAACCUCCAUAUCAUGAAAAUAUUUCAGAAAUUAGAAAGAAAGAAAUGAAAAUUAUUUAUAGAAUGCAAAUUUUAAGAAAUAUUGUUACUUCAUUUGCAAUGUCUUUGACUUUGUUUGCUUCAAUGACUGCAUUUUUGGUUUUAUAUUCAAUUUCAAAUCAUAGAAGAGAUCCAGCAUCCAUUUUUUCAUCAUUAUCUUUGUAUAAUAUUUUAACGCAACAAGUAUUUUUAUUACCAAUGGCUUUAGCUACUGGUGCUGAUGCAUUUAUGGGUAUUUCUAGAGUUGGUGAAUUUAUGUCACAAGGUGAAAUUAAUCCAGAAGAAAAUAAAAUUGAAGCAAGCCCUGAAGUACAACAAAUUAUGGACACAGAAGAUGUUGCGAUUGAUAUAGAACAUGCAGAUUUUGAAUGGGAAAUAUUUGCCGCUGAAGAAGAAGCAUCAAAUCCAACACAAAAGAAAGAUAAACAGGCAACAUCAUCAGAUUCUGAAAAAAUUGAGACUAUACUUCAAAUACAUUCUGAAAAAUCAUCAUCAAAAGAUAUUAGUGAUUCUGUUGACUCUUCGGAUGAUGAAAUUGUAUUUGGUGGAUUGAAAGAUAUAAAUUUCAAAAUUAAAAAAGGUGAAUUUGUUGUUAUUACCGGGUUAAUAGGUUCUGGUAAAUCAUCUUUAUUAGCUGCCAUGUCUGGUGUCAUGAAGAAAUCAUCCGGUCAAGUUAGUGUCAAUGGUUCAUUGUUAUUAUGUGGAUAUCCAUGGGUUCAGAAUACUACAGUUAAAGAGAAUAUUAUUUUUGGAGCUGAAUAUGAUGAAGAAACUUAUAAUAAAGUUAUUUAUGCAUGUUCAUUAGAAGCUGAUUUAGAAAUUUUACCUGCUGGUGAUAGAACUGAAAUUGGUGAACGUGGUAUUACAUUGUCUGGUGGUCAAAAGGCAAGAAUCAAUUUAGCUAGAGCUGUUUAUGCAAAUAGAGAUAUUAUAUUAUUAGAUGAUGUUUUAUCUGCUGUUGAUGCAAGAGUUGGUAAACAUAUAAUGAAUAAUUGUUUAUUAGAUCUAUUGAAAAAUAAAACAAGAAUUUUAGCAACUCACCAAUUAUCAUUAAUUGGUGCUGCUGAUAGAGUCAUAUUUUUAAAUGGUGAUGGAUCAAUUGAUAUGGGAACUUUUGAACAAUUGAAAGCUACGAAUCCAGGAUUUGGUAAAUUAAUGGCUUAUUCAUCUGAAACCAAAGAAGAGGAAGAAGAAGAAAUUGAAGAAAAAGAAGAAGAAGAACUCGAUGAAGAAUUAAAAGAAAUUCAAAGACAAAUUACAAUUAAAACUAUUGAAGAUGAAGAAGCAAGACAUCGUGAAUUUAAUGUUGAUAAAUCUGUUGAUGGUAAAUUAAUUGAUGCUGAAGAAAGAGCAGUUAAUGCCAUUUCAUGGGAAGUUUAUUCAAGAUAUAUUGAAUUAGGUUCUGGUAAAUUUACACCGUGGGUUAUUGUACCUGUUUUAUUAUCAUUAAUGAUGAUUUCUACAUUUUGUCAAAUUUUCACAAAUACUUGGUUAUCAUUUUGGACACAAUAUAAAUUCGAUAAACCUGAUAAAGUUUAUGUUGGAGUUUAUAUAAUGUUUACAUUUUGUUCAUUUAUAUUUUUAACUUGUGAAUUUAUUGUUUUGGUUUAUAUAACAAAUACCGCUUCUGUUAUGUUAAAUGUUUUUGCAGUUAAUAAAGUUUUACAUGCACCAAUGUCAUUCAUGGACACAACACCAAUGGGUAGAAUUUUAAGUAGAUUUACAAAAGAUACUGAUGUUUUGGAUAAUGAAAUUGGUGAUCAAUUGAGAUUUUUUUUAUUUACCUUGUGUAAUAUCAUUGGUGUUUUAAUAUUAUGUAUUGUUUAUUUACCUUGGUUUGCCAUUGCUAUUCCGUUUUUAGGUAUUUUGUUUGUUUCAAUUGCAAAUUAUUAUCAAGCGUCAGCAAGAGAAAUUAAAAGAUUAGAAGCUAUCCAAAGAUCAUUCGUUUACAAUAAUUUCAAUGAAACUUUAUCUGGUAUGGCUACAAUUAAAGCUUAUAAAGCAACUGAUAGAUUUUUGGACAAAAACAAUUAUUUAAUUGAUAAAAUGAAUGAAGCUUAUUAUUUAACAAUUGCAAAUCAAAGAUGGUUAGCUAUUCAUAUGGAUUUUGUUGCUUCUUUAUUUGCAUUAUUAAUUGCAUUACUUUGUGUUAAUCGUGUUUUCAAUGUUAAUGCAUCUUCAGUUGGGUUGAUUGUUUCUUAUGUAUUCCAAAUUGCUGGUCAAUUAUCCAUGUUAAUUAGAACUUAUACCCAAGUUGAAAAUGAAAUGAAUUCUGUUGAAAGAUUAAAUAGUUAUGCUACUUAUUUACCAGAAGAAGCACCAUAUUUAAUAACUGAAAAUACACCGCCACCAAAUUGGCCAGACAAAGGUAGUAUUGAGUUUGAAAAUGCUUCAUUGGCAUAUAGACCUGGAUUACCUUUAGUUUUGAAAAGCUUAAGCUUCAAAAUUAACUCAAUGGAAAAGAUUGGUAUUUGUGGUAGAACAGGUGCUGGUAAAUCAUCAAUUAUGACUGCAUUAUAUAGAUUAUCAGAAUUAGAAAGUGGUAAAAUUAUUAUAGAUAAUAUUGAUAUUUCAACAUUGGGAUUAAAAGAUUUAAGAUCAAAAUUAUCUAUUAUUCCACAAGAUCCUGUUUUAUUUAGAGGUACAAUUAGAAAAAAUUUGGAUCCAUUUAAUGAACAUUCAGAUAAUAAAUUAUGGGAUGCAUUAAGAAGAACUGGUUUAAUUGAAGAAUCAAGAUUAGAAAUUGUUAAAAAACAAAAAUCAGUAAAUGAAGAUGAUGAAAUUCAUAAAUUCCACUUGGAUCAAAAUGUUGAAGAUGAAGGCUCUAAUUUCUCAUUAGGUGAACGUCAAUUAAUUGCAUUUGCAAGAGCUUUAGUUAGAGAUUCAAAGAUUUUGAUUUUAGAUGAAGCUACAAGUUCGGUUGAUUAUGAAACUGAUUCAAAAAUUCAACAAACAAUUAUAAAAGAAUUUAAAGAUUGUACAAUUUUAUGUAUUGCCCAUAGAUUGAAAACAAUUAUAAAUUAUGAUCGAAUUUUAGUAUUAGAUAAAGGUGAAAUUAAAGAAUUUGAUACUCCAUGGAAUUUAUUUAAUCUUGAAAAUGGUAUAUUUCAACAAAUGUGUGAAAAAUCGAAUGUUACAGCUGAAGAUUUUCAAAAAAUUACUGGAUUUUAA